GCCCAUACGCACGUGUGUAUGCGCGUCUUGUUGACUUAACGUUGCGUGAUCGUACAGCUACAUUAUCGACAGAGCCAGAAAGUAACGCGAAGCAUCGGCGAAAUUGGUCGUCGGUCAACCGGUCGGUUCUUCUCUCGAUCGCGAGAGUUGAUCCCCACUGAAGCUCCGCAUACGGGUCUCCGGUUGUGUCAGCUCGUUUGAUUGCGUGCGUGAGAACGUGCUCGUUCAUCUCGAGUCUCGCCGUGAAAUCCCGAAUUUCACGCGUCGAAUCGUGGCGUGUUCCGUCGGCUUGCACACACCGAGACACGAGUGGCACGCACACGAAGAAGUGGAACCGAACCGCAGAGAGAGACAGAUUUACACAGCCACAAGGGGGGCUAGUCAUAAACCGUGCAACACCUGGCGGCACGUCGUUAAUUAUGCAGUGGGCCGCAGCCGCCCUGGCCUCGGUGGCGAUCGUUCUGCUCCAGGACACGGCGGCCGCGAGACAUCACCAUCGCUCCGGCAAUGGACACAAACCAACCGGUGACAUCUCCCUCUGGAUCGACCAGCAACAGAUCAAAAUGUUCAGCGGUGUCGAAAUGGAAAUAUUCGCGAUUACGGAGGGUAGAGUCUUGCCUUAUCUAUUGGAUCCAGAAUUUGAAAGUAAACUUCCAAUUAUUCCAAGUGAAGUAACAUACGUGAAUUUUACAUGGAAAUCCGGUGUAAAGAAAUAUUACUAUAAUUUUUAUCGAUUAAAAUCAUUUGACGAAACGAUCUUAAAAACUCCAUAUAUCACUAUUAAAACACAAGGAAGAGUACCUAAAAGACCUAAGGAAUUCAGCGUUCUAUUACCCUGUUCCGGUAAUAAUUCGGGCAUUGCCCAAUUGGGUAUCGGUCUGAUGAUUGAAACACGUAAGGGGAAACCUUUAAACGGAACACCUCUUCGUCUUAACCUGAGAAAAGAAUGCACCGUGCGCGAACCUAAUCCUGGACCUUGUCCAGAUGGAUAUUUAGGUCCACCUCAUUGUAAAAAAGCAUUGUGUUAUCCAAAUUGUAUGAAUGGUGGUAACUGUACAGCUCCUGGUAUUUGUUCAUGUCCACCAGGAUUUCAAGGACCAUACUGUGAAGGAGGUAUAUGUGCAGAAAAAUGUUUAAAUGGCGGAAAGUGUGUACAGAAAGAUACUUGUGAAUGUCCAAAAGGUUACUUUGGAUUACAUUGUGAAUUCUCAAAGUGUGUAAUACCCUGUUUAAAUGGAGGAAAAUGUAAAGGAAAUAAUGUGUGUAGAUGUCCUACUGGUUUCAAAGGAGAUCAUUGUGAAAUUGGUAGACGAUCUCCACAACGUUCAGCUUGUACAAGAGCAUGCAGAAAUGGAAUAUGUCAACCUGAUAAUACAUGUCUUUGUGAGCCUGGUUGGUUCGGAAAGUUGUGUAAUAAAAACAAGCCAUGGGCUUGAAAGUAAAAAUAUACUUUCCAAUGGUGGUAUUACGCCUAUAACC